AUGCGCGAUCUAUUCGAGAAAGGCACGUUCAAUGUGGAUAUCGCACGCAAUGAUGCUUCGCACGCUGUCAUGAAGCUUGCGGACGUGGGUCGAUUUCGCGAGCUGGUGCUAGAUGAGACUUCGUUGCUUCGGUGGGCUGACGUGGCUUACGGGCUACAGAGCAUGGCCAUUGACUAUGAACCGACAGGUUCGGUCAGUGUGAUCGAUAUAUUUCAUGCAGAGCCACUGAGAGUGGCGGCACUUUCGCGCGAUGAAUGGGUACAUAAACAGCUCAGCCGCUGGGAGGAUUUGUGCAGAUCGGAACCUCGCUUUCAUGAGGUUGGUAGCGGUCACUAUACCAUGAUUGGACCUGAAUAUGUGACUUCUUUUGCACAAAGGCUGCGCGCGGCUUUAGAAGCUCGCGGGAUAUAA